UGGGGGGCACUCGGGAGUCGGGUUCCGGGGUGGCAGCACAAGGGCGGAAGAAAGCCUACGGCAAGAGCACAGUUGGAGCUUCAGGUAGCAGAAUCCUCCAUUAGUGCGGGUGCCUGCCAAGAAUAGCAAUUUGAAAAGUGGAUGGAAGUUUCAUUUUAAGGAAAAUGGAUGCAGGGUGAUCCUCAUAGAAACUACUAAAGACUACAAAGAAUUGAUUCUAGGCAAAGUAACAGUGAAAUAGAUUAUACUGAUCGAGUAACAUGGAUCCAUGUUCAGUUGGAAUUCAGCUCCAUACUGCUAAUGAAUGUCAUAAAAUAUACUAUACCCGUCAUGCUGGCUUCAAGACUAAGCAAGAUCUAUCAUCAUCUGAUCUGCUACUACUUCAGCUUAGGACUGGAAUGACUCUUUCUGAGAACAAUACAAUCUGCUUCCAUCAUGCAAAAAUUUACAUUGACAAAUUUGAAGAUCUGCAAAAAUCAUGUUGUGACCCAUUUAACGUACACAGGAAAGUAUCAAAGAAAAACUUGCGUGCAAUCGACUUAGAUGAUGCAGCUUUUCUAAGUGCCAAGUUCGGAAGACAGUUUGUACCUGGUUGGAAGCUUUGUCCAAAGUGUACACAGAUAAUCAAUGGAAGUGUGGAUGUUGACACUGAAGAUCGCCAAAGAAGGAAACUUGAUUCAGACGGGCGAACAGCUAAAGCUUUGAAGUCCUUGCAGUUUGCUAAUCCAGGACGACAGACUGAAUUUGCUCCAGAAAGCAGUAAAAGGGAAAAGAGAAGGCUACAAACAAAAAGCACGUCAGUUAAUUCGGACAGGCAAGUAAUCCCAGCAAAGAGUAAAGUCUAUGAUAGCCAGGGACUUCUGCUUUAUAGUGGGAUGGACCUCUGUGACUGUCUUGAUGAAGAUUGCUUGGGAUGCUUCUAUGCUUGUCCCAAGUGUGGUUCCAACAAAUGUGGAGCUGAAUGCCGCUGUGAUCGCAAGUGGUUAUAUGAACAAAUUGAGAUAGAAGGAGGAGAAAUUAUUCGCAAUAAGCAUGUGGGUUAAUUUAUAAGUUUUUGUGUUGCAUUCCAAUACAGAAUUUGAUGGUCUAAUGAAAAAUCAGUGGAACCUAUCAUAACGCACAUGAACAGUCUGUUCAGACUUACAAAUUCAUUGUUUGAUAUGGUUUUAGAAAGGUUCUUACUCAUACUAACUGUGUAUUGUCACACUUCAUUCCACCUUGUACUCAUCCAUACAAACCAGCAAAAAAGGGGCUGGAACAAUGCAGUGCUUGACUGUUCAGUGAGAGUUUGAAACUGAGUGGCUGGUUAAGUCCUAAAAGAAAUUUGGGAUUAGCUGCUGCAUAUGCCCUGCUCUGUAGAGAGGGCACUUUCUCCAUGUAUCUCUCCUUUCUCACCUCUCCCCUUGAAGACUUAGUAAAAACAAACAUGAACACCAUCUUUUAAAAAGAAAUGUAGUCUCUUUUUAAGUUUAAAAUGUAAGCAGUGGCAAUCAUGACCAGUAUUAGCAGGUGUAUAACAAAUCAUAAAUGCUGUAUUUUCUAAAAUGAGUCUUGGGACUGUUAUAACAUAGUUAAACAUCUAACAAUGUAGGGGGUAAGUCAACAUGUUCAUUGCACUGGUUUGCUAUAAAUAUACUUUUAAAAUAUAAAUAAGCUCUGUCCUAAUUAUUUAACAGUAUUUAGCACUUAGGGGGUGCUCUCUCACAGAUAGCAGUUGAAGUUUCUGCUAGUUGCACCAUUAUAAAAUCCUGACUUUAACACCAAAGGUAUAAAGACUGUCAGCACUACUUGUACAAACCCAUUGUUUUGGAACUUGAUAACUGGGAUGUGUGCUUAAAAAAAACAAAAAAAAAAUACUCAAACC